AAUCGCUCCUUCGAUCACAUCCUCGGCUGGCUCAAAUCGACCCGACCCGAUAUCGACGGAUUAACCGGUCAAGAAUCAAACCCACUCAACGUCUCCGAUCCAAACUCCGAGAAGAUCUUCGUCUCCAACGACGCCGUCUUCGUAGACAUGGAUCCGGGUCAUUCCUUCCAAGCGAUCCGAGAACAGAUUUUCGGGUCUAACGAUACAUCGGGCGACCCGACAAUGAACGGAUUCGCACAGCAAUCGGAGAGUAUGGAGCCCGGGAUGGCUAAAAACGUCAUGAGCGGAUUCAAACCCGAGGUCUUACCUGUUUACUCCGAGUUGGCUAACGAGUUCGGUGUGUUCGAUCGAUGGUUCGCUUCUGUACCUACCUCGACACAGCCGAAUCGGUUCUACGUUCACUCAGCUACUUCUCAUGGCUGCUCAAGCAACGUCAAGAAAGAUCUCGUUAAAGGGUUUCCUCAAAAAACCAUCUUUGAUUCGUUAGACGAGAACGGACUCAGUUUUGGGAUCUAUUACCAAAACAUCCCUGCUACCUUCUUCUUCAAAUCCCUUCGUAGGAUUAAGCAUCUGGUGAAGUUUCAUAGCUACGCGCUUAAAUUCAAGCUCCAUGCCAAGCUAGGGAAGCUUCCUAACUAUUCCGUUGUGGAGCAGAGGUACUUCGAUGUCGAUCUUUUUCCGGCUAACGAUGAUCACCCGUCGCAUGAUGUGGCGUUGGGUCAACGGUUUGUUAAGGAAGUCUAUGAGACGUUACGGAGCAGUCCACAGUGGGAAGAGAUGGCUUUGCUUAUUACUUAUGACGAGCACGGUGGGUUUUAUGACCAUGUUCCCACGCCUGUUAAAGGUGUGCCUAACCCUGAUGGUAUCAUUGGACCUGACCCGUUUUACUUCGGGUUUGAUCGUUUGGGCGUUCGGGUCCCUACCUUUCUCAUUUCUCCCUGGAUCGAGAAGGGCACUG